AUGGCUCGCGGCGCAGACGACGAUGAAGACGAGUUCGUCGGCUCUGCAUCAGAUUCCGAGCCGGAUUUCAGCCUCGGCAACAGUCGCGCGCAACGCUCUGGCUUAGAUACCCGGGGCAGGAGAGAAACUUCCAGUCGGACAAAUGGAAUCGAACACGCAAGCGCGGAUGCCGGCCCAUCAUCGGCUAAUCGAUCAAAGCAACGAAAGGGAAAUAAAGGCAAGCAAGGAUACGCUUGGGAAGCCAGCUUCAAGCGCAGCUGGGAUGCGGUCAGGGAGGAUGAGUCGGGCGGCAUCGAAGCUGCAGUGAGAGGCCUCCUGGAAUGGAAGAGGCGCAAAGCCAGACCGCUUGCUCAAGCUGUGCAGAGAGGAAUCAUCAGACAUUUGGUGUUGGUCAUCGAUCUGAGUGAGAGCAUGUCGGAGCGCGAUCUCAGACCCAGCAGGCACGCUUUGUGCCUGCAGUACGCCAAGGAAUUUGUGGCGGAGUACUUCGACCAGAAUCCGAUUGGCCAAUUAGGCAUCGUGGUGACGAGGGAUGGGAUAGCUGAGCGCAUAGGUCCACUGGGCGGAAAUGCGGUGGAGCACACCCUUGCUUUGUCGAAUGCUCGACGGCUGGAGCCAAAAGGCGAGCCCAGCUUGCAGAACGCUCUAGAAAUGGCACGCAGCAACCUGUCCCAUCUGCCAUCCUCCUCCUCGCGAGAAAUUGUGGUCUUGUUUGGCAGUUUGACCACGUGCGACCCUUCAAACAUCCACACAACUAUUGCUACGCUAGCGACCGAGCAGAUACGCGUGUCCAUGGUAUGCCUGGCUGCAGAAGUCAAGGUGUGCAAGACGGUGUGUCUGCGAACAGGAGGCUCCUUUGCAGUGGCCCUGAACGAAGGGCAUUUGCACGAUGCGCUCUUCGAGUUGGUACCCCCUCCCGAGCUUACCAAGGCGAACAAGACGAAGAAAGAAGGAGAUCAGGCGAUGGAGUCGGAAGAGGACGAUCAAUCCACGGCAGACUUGCUCGCUAUGGCUUUUCCACUUCGGUUGCCCGAGUCUUCGAAACCGUCCCUUUGCGCUUGUCAUGGACGGGUAAAACAUGGAGUCAGCUUUGUAUGUCCGAGAUGCGAAGCCAAGAUAUGCGAUGUGCCUACAGACUGCCCUGUAUGCGGUAUCACUGUGGUGCUGAGCACGCACUUGGCCCGGAGUUAUCAUCACCUAUUCCCGACACCGUACUAUCGACCUGUCAGCUGGGAAGAGCUCGAACGGGAUCCAUCGGCUUCAUCUUGCUGUGAAGGAUGUGAUUCGGCGUUUCCCCACGCCGCCAAGAGGCCAGCGCAGCAGCAAUCCACGAACAGACCCGACUCUCGGAAUGCGGCAUCUGCGGUCAAUACGGCUGUGGCCGCCGCAGCGAAUAGUAAUGCCACUUUCACCUCGGGCCGGUCAAAUGGCGCCGCCGUCAACAACACGCAAAGUUCAACUGUAUCUCCGACAGGCAGGUACGCUUGCGAAGUGUGCGAAGCGCACUUUUGCAUAGAGUGCGAUAGCUACGUUCAUGAGAUAUUGCACUUGUGCCCGGGAUGCUCGUAA